AUGAACCUAGAACACAUCUAUAGAGAUCUACUUCAAAAAAGACAAGAGAGACAAGAAUACAAUGGAACUAUAAAAGGUACAUGUCAGGAAUAUUGUCCUUAUUUUGAAUACAUAGAAAGGAAUCUUAGAGGAGACAUAAAUAAAUAUGAAAAAAAUAUUUUAGUAAAAAAGUACAAUAGAUCUUCAGCAGGGAAAGUAAAGCCUUUUCCUGAAGAUGUACGUCCUAUAAAUGUCUUGGUAUCUGUUUUAGAAUAUCUUUUACAGUUCUGUGACUUUACAUUAGAAUCUUAUAAAUUUUUAGAAAAUCGUACAAGAGCUAUCCGCCUUGAUAUCACUAUUCAAGAAUUAGAAUGUGAUAGAACUAUUUAUGUCCUAGAGAAGAUCUGUAGACUUCUUAUAGUGUAUUCUUACGCUUUGUAUGAUAAUAAGGAAUUUGAAAUACAUUUAAAUUUAGAGCAGUGUAAAAAAAUACUGGGUACACUUAUAGAUCUAUAUAAUAAGAGGAAUAAGUAUAAUGAAGAGUUUAUAGGAUAUCAUUAUCUUAUCUCAUUUGAUGAAAAGUUUAUAGUUUAUAAUACAUUUUAUAAAUCAAAAAAUAUUCUGUUUAGUGCUAUUAAAUGUGCAUAUCUACAAAACAAUCUGUACAUCUUUUUUAAAUUAGUAAGAUCUACAGAUUUUUUAAGUUACUGUAUUCUUCACACUUAUUUUGAUAAAGUGAGACUUAAAGGAAUAGAAAUUUAUUCAAAAUGUUUUGUAGAAAAAAUAGAUGCCAAUUUUAUAAAUAAGAUGUUGUAUCUUACAGUAACAGAAUUAAAAAGUUUAUGUAAAAAGAUGAAUAUACAACUUAUUAAUGACUCUACAAUACUAGUAGAUUUUAAAAAUAAAGAUUUAUUUGAGAAUGAUAAUAUUCUUAUUAAGGAAAGAAAAAGUAUUAUUAGAACAUCUAAAUUAAUAUAUUACGGGGAUAUAGACUACUACAUAAAAGAUUAUAUAGUAAAGAUGUGGAUUAUCAAAAAUUUUACAAAAACUUAUAAACCUAUUAUUAAUGCUAAAAUUAUGCGAAAAAAGGUUAAAUUCAAUAUUUUUUCUGAUCCGCAUGAAACACAGAAAGACAUUUUUGAUGUUUUAGUAAAAAUUUAUUGUAAAAUUUCUGCUAGUAUUUUUGUUAAAGACAUUAAAAAAAGAGUUAUUAUUUUUGAAAAGAAAAAGAAACUAGCCCGUGAGAUAUGUUUUUAUAUUUUAGAUCUUUAUAUAAAAAAUAGAUUAAAAUCACCAAAGGGAUCUGUUAAUGUAAAAACCCUUGUACAAAAUACUCUAUGUAUAGUCACUGAUGAUACUAUUUUCUCAGCAAUAUUUGUUAAUACUGUUAAGAAGUCAGUGUUAAUGAAUUAUAAACCUGAUUUUUUACAGUACAAAAAUGUGAAUAUUAGUACACUUCUAAAAUAUAAAGUGUCAAUUUUUGCACUAAAUAAGAAAUUAUUAGUAGAUACAAAUACUAAAUAUUAUAUGUUAAAUAAGAUGGUAGAUACACCACAGAAUAUGGGUAAGAAUAUAGAUAAAAUAUUAGAAUUAAUUAAUAUAAGUAGAUAUAUUAUAAAAAAUAAAUUAAAUUUAUUAUUAGAAAAUAAAAGUAGAUUAAAACAGAUAUCGAUAUUAACAUGUUUAAUACACAAUGGUAGAAAUCCUGAUGUAAAGGAAGAUUGGAUUAAUAAAAUUGAUAAAAAACAGAAGUUAGAGAAUAUAGAAGUUUAUUAUGAGGAGGGGAUUAAAAUGUAUUGA